GCUCAGGUCUCUUGCCACUGGUUUAGUCCUGAGCUGGUGCAUCUGCUGGCUGUUCUUCUCUGCUUUCCUCCUCCUGUGGUUGUAGAAAGAAAAAGGGAUGUAUCCGUGCCGGGUAGCUUUGCAGAGAUUUUCUCCUUUUGCCAGACACUCCAUCACACACAGUGCAAUCCUGCACAGAGAGGUCGUUCCUCGGAGGCUCAUGUCCUCGGUUCCUGGUGGAACCGGAGAGAACCUGUUUUACGUAGUAUUCUGCGGUGGAGCGUUAGUGGCUGCCAUGGCUUAUGCUUACAGGACGGUGUCUACAGACAGCACUCGUUUUACCGACCGCCUGACAGAGAUCACGGUACGACCCAAGACUGACUGGAAGCCCAAACCUUGGCCACCAAAGAAUGCUGAUGAAGCAGAGGAAGCCGUCGAGGUAGCUCCGGCUGAGGCAGACGCAGAAGAGGCAGCACCGGUGCCUGUGGAGCUCGUCGCUGAAGCUAAAGAGGAGGAGCCGGCCUCUGUGGUGGAGGCGGUUGCCGAGGCGGUUACUGAGGCAUCUGGCAUCGUCAAGGAGACAGAUGAAGUGGCUGCAGUGGCUCACGAGUCGGAGAAGAUAGCAGAGGAAGUGGAGGGUGAAGCCAAGGAGCUGGAAACGUCUGCAUUUCCUGUUGUGGAGGAAACAACCGCUAAGAGCAAUGGUACGGAAGCAGCCUCACAGGAGGAGGCGGUUACGGAAUCGGCUAAUACAGAGGCAUGAGGGGUGUUGGGGGGACACACAAAGUUUAAAAGGUAUAGGGCCUAAAUGGUAAAAGGACACAUUGCAAACACAUUAUAAAGACUAGAUUAUUUCAACAAUUUUUAAAAAAAUAAAUGCAUCUAAAAGAUUCCAGUGUAUUUUAUAGUUAUUUAUUAAAGCUGGAGAUAAAUCGGCUAAAUGUCUUUUUUAAAGAUUUAGCGUAUUAUAGUUAUAUUCUGACCUAAAGGGAAACUCCACCAUGAACGACUUCCAUAUUACUCUCUCUUUCGAAUCAACAUGAUUUAUUUUCUAAUAAAAUUGAGUUUAAAUUUCUUUCAUUGACCUAUUAAUCUAUCUUCAUGUCACGAUUGCGGACGUUACCGACAAAUCACAUGACGACCUGGUGAUAGCGGUGGGAUUUAGCCCUCACUCGGUCUGUACAUAAAGACAGCGAUGCAGCAGCGCUUUAGUCUGUCCAACUGUCUCACGUCUUCAUCUAUCUAAACACUGCUCGGAAAAAAAAAGAAAAGUUGAAGCUUUAAUACUAAUACUGCUGUGAACACCGUCACGCUCAUCGUCUCAUAUAGAUCAUAGCUAACUAGCUAUGAACUGGAUCGCUGCUGUAAGUCAGUGACUAUGUUUACAUGCACGUCCAAAUCGAGCUGCUGUUGGUAAUCGAGCAAAGGGUCCCAGCAGGGGUGCCAGAGAAAUCCAAUCCUACAUGCACAAGUGAAAUCGGGCUAUUGUGCAAGGUGCAUUGUGCACCCGAGCCACACGUGGCGCUACACGCCCCAUCGUGUUGGUACACUUCCGGUUGUCGUCAUGAAGAAGAGCUAUAGUGUUGCCAGAUACUGCUGACGUAUCCCAGCCCAAAACAUGUUCAGAUCCGCUAAAAUGCACUUAAAACCCCCAAUCUGGCAACAGUAGUAGUUCCGUGUUCAAGCUGUUAGGCUUGCUCUAACAGACUAUGGCUACAAACUGUUUUGUAAGACAACUUAUUUUGCACAAUAAUAUUUUUCUA